GCUAUAUAUAAGCGGCAGCAGGCUCAGAAAACUCACUUUUCUGCGGUUGGUCAAAAGGAAAACGCCGGGAAAAACACCAUAGUCAUGAGGACCUUCGUUACCAUCGCGCUUUUGUCGGCAGCUUCGCUGGCCUAUGCUGCGCCUGGGGCAAAACUAGACCUAGGUGCCUCUAGUGGAUUGGGCAACAUCCCUGGAGCUGGCAGCAGUGCUGGAUCUAGUGGCGGACUGGGCCUCGGACUUGGUGGGUCUUCUUUUGGUGGCAGUGCCAGCAGAGGACUACCAGGUCUUAGUGGCUCAGCGGGAGGAAGCCUGGUCGGAGGCUUCAGCUCAUCUCUUCUACCUGGAAGCGCUGGUGCUUCCUCCUCUGGUAGACCUGGCGUUUCUGGCAGACCUGGAGCGGGAGGAGCUUCCGGAUUUUUCCCAGGAGGAGCUGGUUUUUACGGAUAUGGUUUCCCAGGUGGAUACUAUUAUCCCGGAUAUUACGGACAACAGCCCUAUGGCUUUGGCGACUUUGGCUUUGGUGACUAUGGCUUUGGAGGUUUCGACGGCUUCUAUGGCGCACCAGGGUUCGGCUACUAUGGCCCGUCCUCCUGGGGCUGGGGAGUCAGUGGUGCCGGACGUGGACAAAGAAGCCUCCGCUCUGCUGGAUCCCAAUCCGCUAGAGGUAGCUCUGCUGGUGCAUCAUCAUCUAGGUAAGAGUACGUUAAGGUCUGCG